AUGUUCAAGACCAGCAUUAUCGGCGUGGAUCGAGCAAUGCAGUGGGCCCGGUUGGCGAGGCGCGAGUGGGGCGACAUUUUCGACAUCUUGAAGCGCCCGAGGCUGGUGAAAGCCAGCUGUAACAGGAAAGUGUUCAUGGUGGGCGGGCUUAGAAGCUCAUACGGGCUGCAGAGCGAAUGCUCAACUAUCUUGAUACUGAGAUUGGAUUUGGAGAACCUCGAGUGGGAAGAGGCUGGCCGGAUGCCGUUGGAAAUGUAUCGGUGUUUUGUUGAAAGUAGUAAGUUUAAGGUGUUUGGUGGUGGGGGUAGGGUUUGUUUUUCGGCGAAAAGGGUCGGGAGAUUGGCUCUGUGGGAAGAGAAGGGCAAUGGGAAGGCGGAUUGGAUGUGGGUCGAUGGCGGGCCGGGCAGUGGGGAUGGGCUUUGCCGAGGGUUCACGUUCGAGGCUAGGCUCGAUGCUGUUCCGUAG